AUGCUGGAAGGAUCACUCCCGAUUCCACCACCAUCCACUUUGAACUAUGGGGUUAGAAGCAACAAAUUAAGUGGACAAGUUUCACCAGCAUUCUGCAAUUUAAGUUCCAUUAAAUAUAUUGAUUUUGGGGAUAACAAAUUGAGCGGCAUGCUUCCAGAUUGCUUGGUAAAUCUCAGCGAUUCACUUUUAGUUCUAAAUCUGGUAAAUAACUCUUUUGGUGGUACCAUUCCUGAAAUCUGCACAAAUGGAAGCCAGCUGAGGAUGAUUGAUCUAAGCUAUAACAAGUUCGAAGGGCGCUUACCACGAUCAUUGCAUAGCUGUUUGAAGCUACAGUCUUUGAAUCUUGGGAACAAUCAAUUAGGUGAUGAGUUCCCUUCCUGGUUAGGGACACUUCCUGAUCUAAGCAUACUCAUGCUAAGAUCUAAUCACCUCCAUGGCAACAUAGAGAAACCUAUUUCCAAUUCUGUGUUCUUUCCUGAAAUUCGAGUUAUUGAUCUAUCCUAUUAUGAUUUUACGGGCAAGUUGCCAUCUGAAUACUUCCAAAAAUGGAACUCCAUGAAAUGUUUUGAUGCUGCCAAUUCAUCUUAUAUGAAAGCAGAUUCAAAUUUCAUUGCCAGGGCCUCGGCUGACUCUGAUGUUUCAUGGACCCAAUAUUAUCCAAUACCAAUCAAAAUAACAAUCAAGGGUGUGGAUAGGGUUUUGUAUAAGGUCCAAGAUGUUUUUGUAGUGAUUGAUUUCUCAAGCAACAUGCUCGAAGGAGAAAUUCCAGAUUCCAUUGGGAGCUUACAAGGGAUUCGAGUUCUUAACCUCUCCAACAACAUUCUUAGCGGCAGCAUACCGUCAACCAUGGUGAACAUAACAGUGCUUGAGUCUUUUGAUCUUUCUCAAAACAGGCUCCAUGGAGAGAUCCCUUCUCAACUGAAGCAGCUAACUUUUCUUGUCGUUUUCAAUGUAUCUCAUAACAAUCUUACAGGACCUAUACCACUAGGAAGCCAGUUUUCUACAUUCGAAACCAGUUCAUAUGAUGGGAACUUGUGGUUAUGUGGUUAUCCAUUGGCAACAAAGUGUUGGAAUUCUGAGUCCCCAAAAUUACCACCGGCAGCUUCUGACGAGAAGGGAGAUUCAGGGUUUCCAUUUGAUUUUGAUUGGAUUACAGUCUUGCCAGGAUAUGCAAGUGGGUUAGUAGUUGGAAUUGUUGGUGGGAAUUUUGUUUUUGUGAAGAAGCAGUUUUGGUUUCUGAAGAGGCAAAUGAAAAGGAGAGUUAGAAGGAGAAGGGGAUUUAGAACUUGA